AGAGCUAUGGAGCUCUUCUCAGUUGAAUCCUUACUCUUUCUUUCCCUUGUCUUUCUCUAUAUCUACCUUCACUUUCCGACCACAACUACAAAACCCACUAUCAGAGGCUUCAGAAACUACCCUCUACUUGGAACUCUGCCUCAAUUCUUGAAGAACCGACACCGUUUCCUCGAUUGGAGCACCCAAGUUCUCCGUGAUUAUCCUACCAACACCGCCGUUUUGGCUCGCCCUGGCAAACUCGGAAUCAUCAUGACGGCAAACCCCGUCAACGUAGAACACGUACUCAAGACCAAAUUCGAGAACUACCCAAAGGGUGACAGAUUCAUUAGCUUCCUCGAAGAUUUCAUGGGCAGAGGAAUCUUCAACUCCGACGGCGAUAUUUGGAAAGUUCAGAGGAAAACCGCGAGCUACGAAUUCAACACCAAAUCGCUCCGAAACUUCGUAACUGAGAAUGUCACGUUCGAAAUCCAAACGAGGUUGCUUCCCUUAUUAUCUAAAGCCUCCUCCACCAACAUGGUCCUCGAUUUACAGUACACGUUGGAGAGGUUCUCUUUUGAUAAUGUUUGCAUGCUCGCGUUCAACGUCGACCCCGGAAGCCUCGCCGGCGAUGGAACCACCGGUGCAGAGUUCAUGGCUGCGUUUGAUAACGCCGCCACGCUAAGUUCGGGGAGGUUCAUGUGCGCGUUCCCAUGGUUGUGGAAACUCAAGAGGCUAUUCAACGUGGGAACGGAACGGAAACUGAGAGAAUCAAUCGCCACCGUUCACAAGUUCGCGGAUGAGAUCAUACGGUCUAAAACAGAAGCCAAGGGUCCCACUACCCAUAACCAGGACUUGCUCUCACGCUUCAUAGGAGCAGAGGAUAAUUCCCCCGAGUUCCUCCGCGACAUCGUCAUAAGCUUCAUCCUCGCUGGACGCGAUACGACGUCGUCCGUGCUGAGCUGGUUCUUCUGGAUUCUGUCUUCGAGGCCCGAUGUAAAGAAAAGAAUCCUCGACGAAAUCGAAACGGUUCGGUCCCGGAAAGUUGGAGGCGCCGCCGGGGAAGCUUUUGGGUACGAGGAGGUUAAGGAGAUGCAGUACUUGCACGCCGCAAUUUCUGAGACACUGAGGUUGUACCCUUCCGUACCGGUCGACACGAGAGCUUGCUUGCGCAACGAUGUUUUGCCAGACGGUACGAUGAUUAGUACGGAUUUUUUCAUAAUGUAUCAUCCGUACGCGAUGGGGAGGAUGGAGAGCGUGUGGGGAAAAGAUUGCACCGAAUUCAAACCCGAAAGGUGGUUCGAGAAUGGUGUUUACCGAACCGAGAACCCGUUUCGGUUUCCGGUAUUUAACGCCGGUCCAAGAACGUGUCUGGGGAAAGAAAUGGCUUAUACUCAGAUGAAGUCCAUUGCAGCGUCUGUUAUGGAGAGGUUUGAGAUCGAUGCACUGGAUAAGGACACGUGUCCCCAGCAUCUUUUGUCCUUGACUUUGAAGAUAAAAGGAGGGUUGCCCGUCAGGGUAAGUUUAAGGAAGAAAGGAAACUGUGCUUCUGGGCGUAACGAGAAAACCUUUAAUGAUUCCGAAGCAUGAGAACUUAAUCAUUUAAUGUAACCUACGGAACAAGAAAAACACCAGAAGAAUCUCUUGUGAUGUAAUAGUAUAUAUACAGAUACAUUACUAAAUAAAUAAUUAACGUAAGAAAAAAAUGGAAACUAGACAGUUUAGUUUGAAAGUAGUCAUGUAAAAGGAAUGUUGCAUAUAGUCAUGUAUGGUGUUCGUUAUUAAUUAGAAAAAAUAUAUAUGUUGGCUUGCAUGGUUGUUGUGUAAUUCAUGAUGCAGAGUGUACGAAGAUGAGUUUAGCCUCACCGGUUGAUCACUUAUA